UCUUAGUUAUCUACAUCACAUGUAGCUAGUCAACAAUCUGUAACACCUGCAACCACAAGUAGUUGGCAAUCUGCAACAUCUACAUCUGCUGCUUGUUACCGAACUUCAACACAUGCAGCAUCAGAAUUGCAUACAAUCAGUCGGCGUAAUUUAGAAGAUAUAUCAUUUGUUUCAGCAGGCGCCUUUAUAGAAGGAGAGUUAGAACAAGUGAUAGCUAACCUUGUUCCUAAUAUUCAGACUAGCUUGUCAAUUCCAGCUACUAGUUUGAAUGCCACAGAAUUGUCUACAGCAGCUAGUCAUACAUCUGCACAAACAUCAAACAGUGUUUUAAAUAAAAUAUUUACUCUUUUAGUUGAGCUGAAAAGCGAAGUAGCUAAUCUUCAGAAGCAGACUACUUACAACACUACUAUGUUGCAGACUUUGUCACAAGGUGGGAUACAAGACGAUGGCAACAUUUUUGAAACUCUUGAUCUUCCUGUAUGUGACCGAAAACAGCUGCAGCAGCUUGAAGAUAUAAUUACUAAAGACAAUCUUUUAUUUAAUAAACUUGUGCAUGGUGUUGCUUCGAAGGGCGGUCAGGACCUGAAGGAAGCCGUUAGAAAGAUGGUUUCCUCUCUAAUGGAAAACAACGUAGUAAAACAAAUAAAUUGGUCAGGACUUGGUGAAAAUCUAAAAAAACCCUUUCGUGACUUGAAAUACCGACAAGUUCUGGAAAGUAAGCGAAACUUAAUUUUUGUUAAUAUCACCUAUAAUUUAGCAAAUGAACCUCAGAAACAGUUGUUUACUGCAUCAAAAUUGCUUAUUCUAUGA